GGGAGACCAGAUAUAGUGAAUGCAGGGUCCGUAGAGAGCGGAUAUAGUGAAUGCAGGGUCUGGGGGGACUAGAUAUAGUGAAUGCAGGGUCCGUAGAGAGCGGAUAUAGUGAAUGCAGGGUCCGGGGGGACCAGAUAUAGUGAAUGCAGGGUCCGGAGAGAGCGGAUAUAGUGAAUGCAGGGUCCGGAGAGAGCGGAUAUAGUGAAUGCAGGGGUCCGGGGAGAGCGGAUAUAGUGAAUGCAGGGUCCGAGGAGAGCGGAUAUAGUGAAUGCAGGGGUCCGGGGAGAGCGGAUAUAGUGAAUGCAGGGUCCGGGGAG